AUGCCUUCGGCCAUUGUCCCUAAAGCACUUAAGCCCGGCGCAACAAUAGCUUUCAUUUCGCCGUCUGCACGGCUUAAUGAUGUUAUUCCUGCUGCCAUGGAGCGGGCAACUGCUCUCCUAGUCGCAAAGGGUUACAAAAUUCGCGAAAUAUACUUGGGACCAGAUUCCGGCAUUCAAUCGUCGAUAGCCAAUCGCCUGUCCGAAAUCCGCACCGCAUUUACUGACCCGUCCAUCUCGGCAAUCAUUUGCACUAUUGGCGGACCGUCGUUCACGGAGCUGCUACCCAGCCUUCUUGCUGAUACGGAGCUCCACAAGGCUAUCCGCGCCGAUCCCAAGAUCGUUGUCGGUUAUUCUGACAUUACCGGUUUGCAUUGGUUCCUUCAUGCCAUCGCUGGACUGCGCACCUUUUACGGCCCGGGCGCUAUUCCGGAGCUAGGUGCUUCCAAGGCCGCCGAUGCUGACCACGAGGCCUCUCCGCUUGCCUUUGUUGAGAAACAUCUCUUCCGCACCAUUGCAGACACCCAGCCGAUUGGAGAUGUUGCGCGAUCUGUGACCUACGCGCCUGAUAUGGCCGCCAUGUUCAAGGAACCCAGUUCCGUGGCGACACCACGACUCAGCGCAACACCGGGGUGGAGAUGGUUGCGGCAAGGUAAGGGGCAUGGUCGGCUGUUUGGGGGCUGCUUGACAGUCAUGGCGCGUCUCGGGGGCGUUCGAGCCAUCUCACCAGAUUGGCGUGGCAGGAUAGUGUUUCUCGAAACAGCCUCGGGCGAUGAUGAGAAUUACGGCAACCCACUUCACAGAGUUCAGGCUGGAGUAGCCGACCUGAUUGCACACGGCGUCUUUGAGGACGCGGCUGGCCUGGUGGUGGGACGACCGUACGGCUAUGAUACGCCCGAGCUUAUAGCAGAGUAUACGGGCGCAAUCACUGGACUUUUGUGUGAAGGACCGUUGGCCAAAAAACCGUUUCCCAUCUUGUUUGGCGUUGAUUUCGGACACACCACGCCGAUGGUCACCUUGCCCUAUGAUGCAUUAGCGGUCCUCGAUUCGGAGAAGGACAAAUUCGCCAUCAUCGAAUCGGCAGUGGGCGCAUGA